AUGCCUAGGUAUGCCAGGUUUAUAAAAGAACAGGAGGCAAAGAAGAGAGAAAAUAGUUUUGAGGAUGUUGGCAGAUUGCACCAUUGCAUUGAAGUCACUUCUAAGUCUCUGGCCCAGAAGAAUGGUGAUCCCGAAGCGUUCACAAUCCCAUAUACCAUAGGGGCAUCCAGAUACACCAAAGUGUUAUAUGACUUGGAAGCCAGCACUAAAUUGAUGUUGAUGGUUGUAUUCAGGCAAUUGGGCUUGAGCCCUCCAAAGCCAACUACUAUGCAGUUGUUGAUGGCGGACUUCACAGUAAAGAAACUCGUAGGAAUAUCAUUUGAUAUGUUGUUGAAAGUUGACAACUUUAUUUUUCGGGAUGACUUUGUCAUUUUGGAUAGUGAGGUUGACUAUGAUAUGCCCAUCAUAUUGGGAAGACCAUUCAUGUCUAAGGGUAUAGCAAUGGUUGAUAUGGAGAAGUGGGAGCUCAAGUUCAGAGUUAAUAAUGAAGAAGUCAAAUUCAAUGUCCAACAUGAGAAUUCAAACCUACCAACUUCCUCCAAAUUCAAACCUACACCUCUUAUAGUAAUUCGAAGCCAGUCUGAAGACCCAUCAAUUCCUGCAGAACCUACUGCUAGAGAAGGAGUAGAUGUUGGUGUUGGUAUAUAUUUUGAGAUAGAGAGGCAGAGUGAGGCCCUUGAGAUAAGCACACAGGGCGACGAGACCCCAGCCACAUCUAUAUUAGUUCUAUCUUCCACUUCAAAUCCAGUGGGGACAUCUGUACUGGCCCCUCACCUCUCUACUACAGGAGCUACUACAAGUAUAACUUUUUGUAUCACAUGA